AUGCAUUUUAUUUUUUCAGAAACUAUUGUGUACUGGGUUCCCGGUCACAAUUUGUUUGUUAAAAAUCCUAAAAACCCUACAAAAAAAUUUAAAAAAGUGUCAAAAACACUAAAAAAAUAUAAAAAAUUAAAAUCAGAUCUGUGACGAUCGACAAAAAAGAGGAAAAUGAAUAACGCAGGACCUACCAGCUACCCAAUGGCUUCACUUUAUGUUGGUGACCUUCAUCCUGACGCGACGGAGGCUAUGCUUUAUGAGAAAUUCUCUCAAGCUGGCCCAGUGCUGUCCAUUCGCGUCUGUCGGGACAUGGUCACCAGACGUUCGCUUGGCUACGCAUACGUCAAUUUUCAGCAGCCGGCUGAUGCAGAACGAGCUUUGGACACCAUGAACUUUGAUCCCAUCAAAGGUCAACCCAUUCGCAUCAUGUGGAGUCAACGUGAUCCAGGACUGAGAAAAUCUGGUGUUGGCAACAUUUUCAUCAAAAAUUUGGACAAGUCUAUUGACAAUAAAGCUCUGUAUGAUACUUUCUCUGCGUUUGGCAAUAUUUUGUCAUGCAAAGUUUCGUGUGACAUGAAUGGAUCCAAAGGAUAUGGUUUUGUGCAUUUCGAAACCGAGGAAGCUGCACAGCGUGCGAUAGAGAAAGUAGAUGGAAUGUUACUGAAUGACAAGAAAGUAUUUGUUGGGAAAUUCAUUUCACGAUCAGAAAGACACAAGUUGAUUGGCGAGAGACAAAAAAAUUUCACUAAUAUCUACAUCAAAAAUUUUGCCGAUGCUCUAAAUGACGAAAAGAUGAGGGAAAUGUUUUCACAGUUUGGUCCUCUACGGAGUGUUGCUGUGAUGCAAGAUCCUGAAGGAAAAUCCCUUGGAUUCGGAUUUGUUGCUUUCGAAAACCACGAUGACGCUGCAAAGGCUGUUGCUGAAACGAACGGAAAAGAAAUUGGUGGACAAGAGAUCUACGUAGGUCGCGCCCAGAAAAAAUCUGAACGGAUGUCUGAAAUUCGACAGAGGUAUGAAAGACAAAAGCAAGAGCAAAUUCAGCGAUACCAAGGAGUCAACCUGUAUGUAAAAAAUCUUGAUGAUUCCAUCAGAGAUGAUAGUUUGCGUGAAGCGUUUGCAUCCUUCGGAACCAUAACUAGUGCAAAAGUUAUGACUGAUGGCGAACGUUCUAAAGGAUUUGGAUUUGUUUGUUUCAGUGCACCAGAUGAAGCAACUAAAGCAGUAACAGAAAUGAAUGGUCGUAUUGUUGGGAGUAAGCCACUCUACGUAGCUUUAGCUCAAAGAAAAGAAGACCGAAAAGCUCAUUUGGCUGCUCAAUACAUGCAGAGAGUUUCCAAUUCAAUGGGAAUGAGAGUUGCUCCUCCAAACCAAAUGAUAGGACAGUCAUUCCAAUCAGGUGCUCCUGGAUACUUCAUGCCAAUUCAUGGUCAGAGUCGCUACAUGCAGGGUCACCAGCUUAUUAGGGCAACACCAAGAUGGCAAGCUGCCACUGCUCAGCCAGGAUUCCAAAUUCCUGGAAGCAUUCGUGCACCACAUGGUGGAGGGCCCGCUAUUCGCCCAAUGACUGCCCCAGUUUCAGCCAGGAAUGGUCUUCAGCAACAACAACAACAUCGCAUUGAUAUGCUACAGAGCCGCCAACAGCCAAUAUACAUGCAACAAAAUCGACAACCUUUCAAAUACAAUCAAAGUGUCCGCAACCCUGCUUCGAUGGCUGGUGGUGUCAACCAACAAGCCCAAGUCCAACAGCAAGUUGAAACAGUACAGCCUGCUGUGCAUGUUCAAGGUCAAGAGCCGCUUACAGCAAGCAUGUUGGCAUCUGCUCCACCCCAUGAGCAAAAGCAGAUGUUGGGUGAACGUCUUUACCCACUCAUCGAAGCACAACACCCGACUCUCGCUUCAAAGAUUACUGGAAUGUUGUUGGAAAUUGACAAUUCUGAAUUGCUUCACAUGUUGGAAUCUAGAGACUCUCUCAAAGCAAAGAUGGAAGAGGCUGUGGCUGUUCUUCAGGCACAUCAAGCAAAGAUGCAGGCAGCAAGUCGACAAGCACAACCUGCUUCUCAGCCUGUUCAAAAUCAAGGCAUUACUGGUGUACAACAAAUCAACCAGGUUAACAACGCUGCUCAGAAUGCGGUUCCUGUAGGUGGUCAAGAGUAACAAAUUCGAAAGAUAAUAAUCGCCGGUGUUAUGUGUGAACUGUUUCGUUUUUAAAAAUCAUCCUACUUUUGCCCCACAAAAAAUUAUCCUAAUAAAAAAAAAAAUUACUGAGCCCCUGGUUUUACGAACUUAAAUCCAGGUGAAAAAAUACUGAAAAAUAGAAAAAAAAAUAUCAAGAACUUUACAAAUUUCAAAAACCAACUUUUGACAGUUUUCAACCAUUUAACUUGAAUUUUCGGAACCCUGACUUGUUUUUUCCAUGUUUACCAAACUGACCUCAAAGAUAAUAAUAGUAGUUCUUACCAUCCCUCAAAACACAUUGAUAGAUCUCUGGAUGAGAUUUUGGUGACCUUGUUUGUUCUGUGUGUCCCUUUCAGGGACUGCUCUAAUUUUUUUAAGUUGUUUUAGCCCUCUUUCUCCCAGAUUGGUAUAUGAAAGGAUUGUCAAAUAAUACCAGGGGAUUGAGUGUGUUUGAAUUUACCCAGAAUAAUUGAAAAACCAAAAAAAAAUUGAAAAAUGAUCGAAUUUAGUACGAAAAGUAAACUGUUUCUUUUUCGGCCACUCCACUCUGUGUAAAUAAACAUCCAUGCUUGUAAGCUGGUGAUCACUAAGUGCAAAUUUUAUCGUUUUAUUCUUGUGGGCUAUUAAUUAAGAUUUGGAUGUCAAUUAUGAAUAAUUUAAUGCAACUAUAACUACUAACACAGUAGGGUGUUAAUGAAACGACAAUACUGUUCAGUGACUAAGUCUUUUAGGUAGUUUAUUCAUAGCUGACUUCCACGAUUUCUUGAAAGCACUCAUUUGCCAAGAAUAUACAUCAAUGUUGUUGUAAAUCAUUGGUUUACUGUUUGCUCAUGUAUAUGGUAUUUGAAAUUACUGCACAGUGGUGUCUUUUUUUUGGUCUAGUAACAUUUCAUUAAAAUGAUAAUUGCAUGCA